CCAAUGUGACGAAGAGCGUUGACAGUAAUCUCACGUUUACUCUGCUGUGCUAUCUCUUCUGCUCUCUGUAUCUGUUUACUCUGCGAGCCACAAAAGGCAGUCGCAAACUUUGUGCUUCAGUUGUAUCCUUGCUCACCAGCGUGUAGGAGCCCGCUCUAUCAAUCGCCCAAAAAAAUGCACCAAGGCUUUCUGCUGCUGCUGCUUUGUCAGCUGUCUUCGUACACUUUGGUGACACCCGCGAAAGUUUGCGGCCGUCCUCAAGUGGGGCCCAACACCGAGGACAGCGACUUUCAGCGCGUGUACGAAGCGGGUCAGGAAGUGUUCCUGGCUUGUAAACCCGGCUAUACAGCGGACUCAGGGCCCCGCAAAAUCGUCUGCGCUGUCAGCGGAACGUGGAGUUCCUCCGCGUUCAAGUGUGUGCCGAAAAGGUGCUCCAACCCCGGUCCUUUGCUAAAUGGUGUAAUUCUAAUGGCUGACAUCGCGUUCCAGAGUACCAUAAACUACACCUGCAAUGAGGGAUACAUCCUCCAUGGACCCAACACCAGUGAAUGCUUGCAUGAUGGCACCUGGAGCCGUGCACUGCCAGUGUGCAACCCGGUAACGUGUGGCCUUCCCGAAAUACCCAAACACGCCACGGUCAGGUAUUCCAGAAGGGUUGAGGGCAACACGACCGAGUUUGGGGACAGCGUGGCGUACGACUGCUCGCCGCCGCUCGCCCUGCUCGGCAACGAGGUCGGGUUCUGCCUGCCCAACGGGAGCUGGUCCGAGCCUCCCGAAUGUCGGCUUGUGACAUGUCCACCCCCGGCUGGAAUACCCAAUGGGUUCAUGUCAUUUGCUGUAGUUCGGGACCACGGCUACGGAGAGAGAGUCAGAUAUGGGUGCCAGGCAAACUACAUUCUGGAAGGUUCCAUGGAGGUUGAGUGUAAGAAAACAGGAAAAUGGUCAACAAAGCCUGUUUGUAGAGCUCCUUGUACUGUUGGCAUUGAGAGAGGACGCAUCUUUUAUAACAACAGAAAAAUAUGGAUUGAGGACCUAAAACCCAACAGAGUCCUGCACAAUGAGAUGUUGGCAGUCUACUGCAAAAAUGAGGAAAAGGAAUGUGGGUAUCCAGUUGUCACCAAGUGCUUUGAUGGAACACUGAAGAUUCCUGAAUGCUAUAAAGAACCAGGCAGGGUGACGUAUAACGUGAGACCCAAGACACUUCCGUCUGAGAUAAAAAUGUGCUGACAGAUUUCACCAAAUGAAGCAUCAACUGAAGGACAUCAGUGGUGCUGUAAUAUCUGUUUGAAAAAUCUUUUCAGGAGGCAUAUACUAAAAGCCAGUGCAAAAAUAAUUAAUUGGUUGAUACCCAGUUACUGAAUGUAGUGUGCAUAAUAUAGUUUGAUUGGUAUCAUAGGACAUAAAGUAUUGAAAAAUUUGAUGUGUAGAUAUUGCCUCAAUUUGUUGUCUAAUAAAAUGUGAUCCUUGGCGUAAUUACAAUA